UUCGAUUGACAACCACCAGGAGCAAACACGAUCAUGGAUCGGCGAUUGAAAACCCAGCGCCAGUGAGCCGCAACCCGUGAACCACCUACUUUGAACCACAUUGCCUUGAGCCGUUUCACUUUUCAGUCUUUGCCCCGCCGGAUAUGUGCUGCAUGCGUGUACGGCCCACCCCCCAAACGUCAACCCACGGGGUGCCUGGCGGGCUAUGAUCCCUCCUGUGACACACGCACCAUGCAGCCUCCCGUGACACACGCGCCAUGCACCCAUCCUCCUCUCGCUCCACCACUCAUAUAUAUCCACCUCGCCAUCCUCCGGUCUCGUGACCGCUCGAUCCCAGAUCGACGCGACAUUGCGUCCGCGACAUUCGCGCGGUGGCCAUCAUCAAAAACCACAUCCACACAAUAACACACCAAACUACUCAUCAUGGCUCGUACGAAACAGGUCAGAGCCGUGGCCAUCUCCGCGUUCUUCGUGCUCUUGGUGUUUGUGUUGUACACCUCAACUACGUCGCGCUCCGCUGCAGUCGCUCCCGCUGGCGUCCCUACCGCCAAAAGUCCAGUCGAUGCGUCCAGUCUAAUUGACUCCACCAACGACGACAAGCUCGACGCUGCCAUCAACAACGAGAUCGCCAAGCUGCAGGGUGAAGUAGCCGAUCCCAAGAAAGUCGAUGCCAAAAAACCUGCUGCUGGCGCCGUUGACAAGCCUGUGGCCGCCAAAGGCGACUCCACGCCAGACGACAAGAAGGACGACGCCAUCACCAACGUCAAGGUGGAUCCAAGCAACCCCAACUCGCCCACGGUGUUCGAUCCAGCUGCCGAGUUGAAGCUCAUCCGGUCGAUGUCACCUAUCACCAUUUUCUCCAAGACGUUCUGUCCGUUCUCCAAAAAGCUCAAGGCCCUCUUGAAAGAGAACUACGAGAUCACGCCUGCGCCCACAAUCGUGGAGUUGGACAAGCAUGCGCACGGAGUCGAACUCCAGGCGUACUUGGCUGAGAUCACCACCCGCAGAACCGUUCCCAACGUGUUGGUUGGGGCUUCCAGUGUGAGCAGAGGAGGAGCCGACGAUUUCGUGGCCUUGCACCGUGACGGCGAGUUGGUGAACUUGCUCUUGGAGUGGGGCGGCAAGAACUUGAUCGUACGCAAGAAUGAUGCUCCUUCCAAUGUGUGAUAGGGUUGUACAAUGGAGAUAUUUUGGGAGUUAGUUAAUGACGGUUCAACUGAUAGACGUUCUAAUGUAUGGUUUACGAUGGCUCGACUGAUGUAGGCAUGUCCAGGUAAUUGAUACAAAGAAGUAAUGAAGCAUGUUUAAUUGAUAAUAUUAGUUUUUACGGUUACUCAAGUAAUAAAUAGCUAAUUGAGAUGGGCAGACCAGGAUGAUUUGUUAUAAUGAAACGAGUUAUUUGAGGUGGGAAGAGCAGUACACUACAAUUACAUUUAUCAAAUAAUGAAAAAUUGAGAUGAACUUCGUACUUAAUUAGGUGAAGCUCCCGUCAAUUAAUUGUGGGUCCGAGACCUGAUAUUAAAUUUGAAUUAGGUCUACUUUCUUAUUUGAGAUCAGAGUUUCCAGAGGCAAUAUAUUCUAUUCCUUCCACAAAUACCGUUCAAAUACUUAUUUGAAAG